CACUGACAGUAGCCGUGUCUGUCUUUGGAACCACUGGCGAUUGGGUUUAACUACUGAGGGGAUCUCGCGUGCACGAUGUAUCACCUGAAGCUGCCGGUGUUCCUUCUCGUGCCUCUGGUGCUGCUGCGCUGUGUCGCCACCGCCCCUAGCAACAUGUACUUCACCUCAUCUAGUGAGCAGGAAAGCGCGCUCCCGGACAGAGAAGGCUGGCUCGUGCCCGGGAUCGUCUCCAACCCCUUUCUCGGCCUCAUUUCCGCGCGGCUACAGAGAGGGCUCACAUCUGUCAACAGCCACCACAUAGAGAAAAGGAAGUGCAACACAGCUACCUGUGUGACCCAGCGACUGGCCGACUUCCUGACCCGCUCCAGCAACACCAUCGGCACGGUGUACGCCCCCACCAACGUAGGCUCCAGCACCUACGGGAAACGGGAUCUACGGCGGCCUCCCAGCUAUCUGCCUCUCUAGUGAUGCAUGGGUUGAAUCCCACUGAUGUAGGAUAUGCUCGGCUGAAAUGACCACACCGCCAUGUAUAGGCCAAUGUAUACUUUUCAAAACAACAAUGAUGGUUAUGAAUCGUUAACUUGAGUUUUUGGGUUCUUUUAUAAACUUCAGAAAAAAACAGCGCCUUUUGGUUUAGAAUAAUAACAAAAAAAGUCUUUGUUACACAAAUCAGACUAGAGGCUGAUGAGAUACUAGUCUCUGUUCUGUGACCCUAACUGGUUCAACUCAACACUAAACCCACAAUGGCAUGUGAAUAAAAUGUGAUGUAAAAAAAAGGUA